GCUGGGGGGCCUGGAAGGUGAUGAAGAGAAUGAUCCUGUCUUUGCUUCCACUGAAGAUGAUGAAUACCAUUUUGAUAAGGGAGAGAAGCUUUUGGACAGGGGUUGCACCUCCUCGUGUAGAAGCUUUUGUUUGGCAAGUUGCACAUCAAAGAUUAGCACUUAAAGAGGAGCUGUUGAAGAGAGGUGUCGUUGGGAUUGAUCAUCCUUUAUGUCCGAUUUGUGGGAAGUGUGAGGAGUCAAUUUCACAUCUGUUUCUGCAUUGUGAGGUGGUUUGGUUUAUGUGAUCCAGAUUUUUGAGGGACUGGAACGUUUCAUUUGUGGUUCCUAAGAAUAUGACGGAUUUUUUUGAUUUUGUGGGAUGAUUUAGUUACGAGAUCUAAUAUUUGGAAAUUCAUUCCAAGGGCGGUGUUGUGGGCAGUUUGGAAAUGCAGAAAUGAGAUUGUUUUUCAAAAAAAGGUGGAUUAUGCUAUGCUAUUCUUUCUUGCUAGAUACAAAACUGCUACUUGGUUCGGGGUGAAUUUUAAGGAUGUUUAUAUUCCUUUCGAUUCCCUAGUUGGGAAUCUAAAACUGGUAGAUUCGAAUGGUAAUCAGAAAAAAGGGUGUUCUACUCCUUCUAAGUGGGUACCUCCUCCACAAGGCUUCCUUAAACUCAAUGUUGAUGGAGCAAUGGCUAAGGGUUGGGACAAAGGUGGAAUAGGUGGUUUGAUUAGAGAUGACAGGGGUUUGUUACUGGGUUCAUUCUCAGAAAAUAUUGGAGGUGGUCCUCCAAUUCUUGCAGAACUAAUGGUGAUCAAAAGAGGUUUGACUCUCAUCGACGAAGUAGGUUUCUCUCCAAGUCGGAGGAUUAUUUUGGAAGCGGACUCCACCACAGCUCUGAAGUGGAUUAAACAUCCUGACCUCUCUACCCCACUAUUUCAGAACUUGGUUAGAGGUUUAGCGUCUAAGGUGGAAGGACAGGGCAUCAUUUCAAGACAUAUAUUGAGAGCCGCCAAUUGGGAAGCAGAUGAGUUAGCAAAGGUUGGUCUUGGUUGAUCAAGUGGUAUUCUGUUGAGGUUUCUGUGUUCUUUUGUUUGUCCAGUUUUUUAGGUUCUGGUCUUACUGCUGCAGGUCGUUUUAUGUUUUUAAGUUUUAUGUCAAGCUGUCUAUGACUAGGAAUUGGUUGUACGUUAUGUUUCAGGGUAAUAAAAUUCAGAGGUGCUCUUGUCUUCCUUCCGAUGUCCUUCAUGUUACUGAUAUAACAUGAAGGAUAUGAAGGGGGUUUUAAUGAGGCCUACCUUCUAUCAAAAAAAAAUUCAUUUGAACUCUCUUCUGGGACUGUAAAUGGCUCCUCUAAUGGACCAUGGUGCAUUCUAUUUGCAUCGUUUGUUUGGAAAGUGUGGAAACGACAUAAUACGGAUGCCUUUGAUGGAACUUUCAGCACGACAGCAUCCUUCCUCAAUACGGCCAUCACCUGGGCGAAAUUAUACUCCUUGCCAUUGUUGAAUUCUGCUAUGAAUGGUCAAAACAGUGCAGGUGAUAUCACUUCUUCUAACUCACAGAUUCAAUGGCAGCCACCUCCAAUGAAUUGGAUUUGCCUGAACUUGGAUGCUGCCGUUUCAUUAGAAUUGGGCCUUGGUUCGGCAGGGGGUUUAUUCCGAGACCACCAUGGUUUUAGGUUUAGGUUCUCCAUCUGAUAUGGAUGAUCUAGCUAGUACUUUUGCGAAGUUGAAUAGAGUUGUUACCGGGCCCAGAAAUCCAGGAGUUAUUGGUGAUAGAUCUGGCUCUUUUUCAAGGGAAAGUUCCUCCGCUGCUGACUGGGCUCAAGACGGAGAUUAUGCAUACUGGAUCGAUCAGCAUAUUUUUUAUGCAGAAGAUGCUCAAGAAGGCAAGAGAUGGUCAUCACAGCCACAAACUUCUGCUCUUCUUACAGAUUCAAAGCCUUUGUAUAGAACUUCCUCGUAUCCUGAGAAGCAGCCCAUGCUGCAUCGCUUCUCAAGUGAACCAAUUUUUGGACCAAAAUCAAACUUCACGUCUUUCCCCGCUCCAGGAAGUGGAUCCCAGCCACCCUUCUCUACGGCAAGUCUCUCGCCCAUGUUCAAUUCUGGUCUUCAUCUGGCUGGUUUAUCUCAUGGAUUGCAUGGUGGUGGUAACAUGUCCCAGUUAACAUCUCCUGGCCUAUCUUUUAGUAACAGGUCACAUAAUCACUGGGUUAACCACUCUGGCCUAUUACAUGGUGAUCAUGCUGGUCUUUUGCAUAAUAUGUUGCAACAGCAAAUACCUCAUCACAAUGGCCUAAUUUCCCCACAGUUAAUGUCACCACAACAACAGAGAUUGCACCAUUCAAUUCAACCAUCUAUAGCUCAUUUUGCAUCAUUGCAAUCUCAACUGUAUGAUGCCCAUCCUUCACAUAAACUUAUGCUUGGACAAACUGAUCUUAGGGAUCAACGAACUAAAUCAUCCCAAAGAAAACGGCAGAGCAUGCGUAUUUCUCAGCAAAACUCUGAUGCUGGUAGUCAGAAAAGCGAGAGUGGGUUGGUGCAAUUCAGAGCCAAGCAUAUGUCUGCUGAAGAGAUAGAGAGUAUCCUGAAGAUGCAGCAUGCUGCCACACGUAGUAAUGAUCCUUAUGUAGAUGAUUAUUACCACCAAGCUUGUCUUGCCAAAAGAUCUUUCGGAUCCAGGGGUAAACAUCAUUUUUUUCCAUCUCACCUGAAGGACUGGCAUUCUCGGUCCUGUAACAGUGGAGAGCAACAUUUGCAUCUACAUGUUGAUGCACUUGGGAGGGUACCCCUUUCUUCCAUUCGAAGACCUCAUCCCCUGCUUGAAGUUGAUCCUCCCUUUGGUUCAGGUGAUGGAGGUUCUGAACAGAUAAUGGAGAAGCCUCUAGAGGAGGAACCUAUGCUUGCAGCUAGAAUCACCAUUGAAGAUUGUCUCUGUCUUCUUCUUGAUAUAGAUGAUAAUGACAGGCUCAUACAAUUCAGUCCACCCCAAGAUGGUGGGUUCCAGCUCAGACAGAGGCGGCAGAUCCUGCUUGAAGGUAUGGCAGCGUCACUGCAGCUUGUUGAUCCACUUACCAACGGUAUGCCUGCAGUUAAUUGUGCUCCAAAGGGUGACAUUGUGUUCCUAAGAUUAGUCUCUCUUGCAAAGGGUCGUAAGCUGCUCUCCAGGUUCCUUCAGCUUCUCAUACCUGGAAGUGAGCUUAUUCGAAUAGUGUGCAUGGCGAUUUUCCGUCACUUGAGAUUAUUGUUUGGGGGUCUUUCUUCUGAUCCCGAAGUAGCCGAGACAACUACUAAUCUUGCGAUGACUGUUUCGACAUGUGUUAAUGCUAUGGAUCUUCAUGCUCUCAGCGCAUGUGUUGUAGCUGUUGUUUGUUCUUCGGAGCAGCCACCACUUAGGCCCCUCGGAAGUCCUGCUGGAGAUUGUGCUUCUAUCAUUUUAAAAUCAGUUCUUGAAAGGGCAACUCAAAUUUUAAGUUAUCCUUCAGGAAAUUGCAGCAUGCCUAAUUAUGCUUUGUGGAGGGAGUCGUUUGAUGAAUUUUUCACUCUUCUUACCGAGCAUUGCAUGAAUAAAUAUGAAAUGAUAAAGCAAUCAAUGCAGAACGAAUCUCUGCCAACAACAGAAGGGAUUGCUUCAGAGGUUAUAAGGCAAGAAAUGCCUUGCGAGCUUCUAUUUGCUAGUCUUCCUCACACAAAUGAAGCCCAAAGGAUGCUUUUAGUGGACUUCUUUCAGUGUUUUGUACCCAUGAAUGGAACCAAUUCCCAUGCUGGAAGUACCAGCCAAAUAAAUUCGGAAUCAGUGAGGGGUUAAGAAAGGAUCAGGUUAGUGCUGAAAGAUGUCUGAAUUGCAGUUGAUGGAUUGUGGAAUGGGAGGGCAGAAGCCAGGUGCUGUGUUUUACUAAAGGCUUGGGUCUGGUUUAGAGGGAGCAGAAUUAAGUUAUUAUGCGUCGCAUUGCACACUUUGUUCUUUGUCCAUUGUCAAUUUUCAGUUGUCAUUGCCUCUCUCAACUCUGCCCACCCCUUUCCACCUCUCUUGUAUCUUUUAUCGUGCAUCGUUUUACCGGUUUUAAGAAAGGUUAAAAUCCAGAGAGAGAAGGAACUGAAGAAUGUGAAGAUGGUGAAACCUAUAGUAGCUGUGGUAAGUAGUAGUAAGGUAUGAACUGUGUAUAUUAAUUAUAAUGGGAGUUGUGGAGAGCUUUAUUUUGGUGCUCUGUUGUGAGACUCCAGUACAAGUGGAAGGGCUACAAGUUAGAAUAUGUACAGCUUGCAGAAGCAGUCAACCUUACUUUUGUUUUUAAUUAGUGGUCAAACAAACGUGUUAUUGUUGUAUGAAAAAUUUAUGAAUCCUGUAAUAAAUUCCAACUCCUUGGCAUAGGAUGUGAUACAAGUUGAUGU